AGGAGGAGGGGAAGAGAUAAGUGAUCUAAAGGGGAGACGAUAGGACAAAAAAAAAAGUGAUGAUGAUGAAUACAUUGGAAAGUUUUUUGGCCCCGGCGAGGGUGUCAGAUUGAAUGGCCUGUGCGCAUGUGCGAAGGUAUCACAACUGACAAUGCUGGUGAGAUGAAGAUAGUGUUGUUGCUGCUUCUGGGCUCACGGAGGACGACGAGAGGAAUCUACAAGCCGACAAGAUGAGAUCCAAGGCGAGGGCGAGAAAACUGGCCAAAAAUGACAGUGAGCCAGUGGACAGCAUGUACGACACAGAGGCUGAUCUGCCAGGUUUAGCGGCUGGCAGCGGAGGUGGCGCCGACAGCCCAGAAGACGACGCAGAAGACGGCAUCAUCAACAUGUCCCCCUUGCCCUCACCGACUCCCUCCCAUCCAAACAGCAACCACCACCACCUGCUACACUCCCAUAUCUAUGCCUCCCACCACCACCAUCUCCACAACAAUAGCAGCAGCAGCAAUGACCAGGACUUCACCACACCCAAGGAGGGCUCGCCCUAUGAGGCGCCUGUCUACAUUCCUGAUGACAUUCCCAUUCCCAGUGAACUGGAGCUGCGGGAGUCCUCUGUGCCCGGUGCAGGUCUGGGUGUAUGGGCAAAGACCCGCAUAGGUGCUGGUGAGAGGUUUGGUCUGCACAGCACAAAGCAUCAUGUGGCCACAGGCAAAGACAGUUCCUUUGGAUGGGAGAUGAUGAAUGACCAUGAGGAUGACUCCCCUGAUAGCUGCAUCAAAAAGGUGGUGGAUGACAUGGGCAACGUGAAGUUUGCACUGGACACGGGACCAGAUGCCGCCGGCAACAGCUGGCUCAAAUACGUCCGCUCUGCCCCGUCAUUUGAGGAGCAGAACCUCGCCGCCUGUCAUCUCACAGGAGACCAGAUUUAUUAUAAAGCUGUCCGGGACAUUGAAGCAGGGGAGGAGCUCUUAGUGUAUAUGAAGGACGGUAUUUUCCCUGAGGGAUCCAUGGCACCCAACCUACAAGACGAGCAGAUGUACCGCUGUGAAGACUGUGAUGAGCUGUUCUCCUCAACACUUGAGCUGCGGCGGCAUCAGAAGUAUUCAUGCUCCAGUGCUGGCUCCAUCUUUGACGCACUAAGAGACGACUUCAAACAGGAACGUGAGGACAGCGAUGAUCCUGUCCAUGAGUGUAAAGACUGUGAGAAGAUCUUUCCCAAUGAGUACAGUCUGGGACAACACAUGAUAGUUCACACAGAAGAGAGGGAGUACAAGUGCGACCAGUGCCCCAAAGCCUUCAACUGGAAGUCCAACCUCAUCCGUCACCAGAUGUCACAUGACAGUGGCAAGCGCUUUGAGUGUGAAAACUGUGAUAAGGUACAGCAUACCCGCCACGUGUUCACAGAUCCCAGUAACCUUCAGCGUCACAUCCGCUCUCAACACGUGGGGGCCCGCGCUCACACAUGCCCUGAAUGUGGCAAGACCUUUGCCACCUCGUCAGGCCUCAAGCAGCAUAAGCACAUCCACAGUAGUGUCAAACCCUUUAGCUGCCCUGGUGGGCUGCAUCUUUUUGUUCCCCCAGGCGAGGUGUGCCACAAAUCCUACACCCAGUUCUCCAACCUCUGUCGCCACAAGCGUAUGCAUGCUGACUGCCGCACCCAGAUCAAAUGUAAAGACUGUGGGCAGUUGUUCAGCACUACCUCCUCCCUCAACAAGCACCGUCGCUUCUGUGAGGGCAAAAACCAUUAUGGCUCUCCAGCAGGGAUGUUCAACCCUGGCAUCCCCAUGAGCUCCAGCCCAAUCAUGGCUAAGGCUAAGUCCCACCAUCCCCACCUUUCUGGUUUAAACCAGUCAGGUUUAGGCUUCACUGACUACUUUCCUUCCCGACCUCAUCCUCAUGCUGGCUUGCCCUUCUCCCCAGGACCCCACGGCUUCCCAUCCCUCCCACAUGGUUUCCCAGGUAUUUUUCCCCCAUCGCUAUAUCCACGACCUCCCUUAUUACCGGCCAGUCCACUGAUAAAGAGCCCGCUGAGCAGCAGUCAGGAGGUGAAGCUGCCUCAGAGUCCUCUAGAUGCUCCUCCAUUGUCUCUAGUUAGUUCCACAAAUGGCAAUGGUGUUAACAGUUUGAGUCAGCACGAAGACAAAGAGAAGGAGAAUAAACUGGAUUUGUCUUCUAGUGGAGAAGCCAAACCAAAAUCAAAGAUGGCAGAUAUGUCUGACGGUAGUGACCUUGAAGAUGUCAAUACCACAAGUGGGACAGAUCUGGACACCACCACAGGUACUGCUUCAGGGGACGGCUCUGACCUGGAAAGUGAUGGAGAGAGUGAGCGUGAGAGAAGUGGUAAAAGAAGGAAGCCGUCUGGCACUAUAUCAAGCCAAGAGGCACACCAGUUAGAAGACACAAACCGUGCAUUGAUAUCAGCCAUGUCUAGUUCAGGGAACCUGUCGAUUGAUCGUCCGUUUCUUGCUUCUGCAUCGCAACACUCCUUCUUCCCCCCACCCGAUGAGCAAGCCCUCCCGCCCACAACCACCACAAAUUCCAAUGCAGCCACCACUGAUUCCAUAAAAGCCAUCGCUUCUAUUGCAGAGAAAUAUUUUGGUCCAGGUUUGAUUGGACUUCAUCAGGAGAAGAAGAUGGGUCCACUGCCCUAUCAUUCCAUGUUUCCCUUCCAGUUCCUGCCCAACUUCCACAACUCCCUCUACCCUUUUAGUGCUGAUCGAGGUGCUCUCAAUCCUAGCAUGUUUUUUAAAGCAGAGCCCAAGUCACCUCGUGAGCAACUGCACAAAAUGGUUUCUAGUUCCCCGGCAGCUCCUGCUCCCACAGCAGAAUCACCGUUCGAUCUCACCACGAAACCCAAGGAGGCCAAGAUAGCUCCUUCAACACCAACAAACACCUCAAACCCCAACAAUAGUACUGGGAGCAGUAGUGGACAUUUAGCAAUAUCUAGCAGUGAAGAACAGCCAUUGGACCUCAGCAUUGGCAGCCGGAGCCGAGGGAGUCAUAAUGGUGUGCCAGCUGAGCCCCAUAAUCGAAAGAACCACAUCUAUGGAGGUGGAAAAGGGGUCUCAAUCAAGGAUGAAACUCCAUCUGGUUUUCCACACCCUCAUUCACAGUCUUUGCACCAAUCAACCAUCACCCAGCACCAGCAGCCCCAGGCACAGCCACACCAGCCACCACCACUGCACUAUGCCAAGCCCUCAGCAUUCUUCAUGGACCCCAUAUACAGCAGGGUGGAGAAGAGGAAGCUACUCGACCCGGUAGGAGCUCUGAAGGACAAGUUCCUCCGGCCCUCGCCGCCACUCUUCCAUCCCCAGAUGUCAGCAAUGGAGAACAUGACAGAUAAGCUGGACGGCUUUGGAGCACUAAAACUGGACGCACCGCCCAAUUCGCUGCAACACUCGGCCCAUCCGCUGUUCAACUUCCGCUCACCACCACCUUCCCUCUCAGACGCCAUCCUUCGCAAGGGAAAGGAACGCUACGCGUGCAGGUACUGUGGGAAAAUCUUCCCUCGCUCAGCAAAUCUCACCAGACAUUUGCGGACACACACAGGGGAACAGCCCUACAGGUGUAAAUACUGUGACCGUUCAUUCAGCAUCUCAUCCAAUCUUCAACGCCAUGUCCGCAAUAUCCAUAACAAGGAGAAACCCUUCAAGUGUCACUUGUGCAACCGCUGCUUUGGUCAGCAAACCAACCUCGAUCGCCAUCUCAAGAAGCACGAGCACGAGAACAUUCCUGUGAGCCAACAGUCUGGGAUGCUUUCCAACUUAGGAACGACCAUCUCCUCGCCAAACUCAGAGCCAGAAAAUCAUGCACUUUUAGAUGAGAAGGAGGACUCGUACUUCUCAGAAAUCCGCAACUUCAUUUCCAACAGUGAGAUGAACCAGGCCUCCAGCUCCACGGAUAAGAGAUCAGACCAGCCUGAGGAGGAGCACCCUCCCAGCCACAGUUUGUCCAACUCCAAGCUAGGUCUCCAGGGUCUGGAGGAAGAGGAAGAGGAAGUGGAGGGUGACGAUGAAGAGGAGGAGGAAGGCAGUCUGACGGAGAAGUCGCACGACGAGGCGCCCGAGUCCCCGUCUCCUGUCACAACAGGAGUGUAUGAGGAGGAUGAGGAAGAAGAAGAGGCAGAGGCGGCUCCAUUAGCGAUGAGCUAUGAACACACUCGCAGGCUUAUGCAAUGAUGCUGUCUCUCUCUGAGAACAACCCUUUGCACGCGCCCUCCCAGAACUCUCUGGACGCUUGGCUGAGCAUGGGAGGUGGACCGUCUGAGACGAGCAGCUUUCACCCACUCAACCACAUCUAAGCGCGCGAGAGAGAGAGAGAGAGAGAGAGAAAAGGUGGGAGGAAGAGUAGGAGGAAGAACAGAAAGACUGAGUGGACAUGAGUAGGGGGCAAGACAAAGGAUGAUGGAGAAGAUUUCAUUGUCAUACAUUUUCAAGAUAGAAAGAAUGAGUUUGUGUGGAUGUGUGUGCUUGUUUUGUGUGUGUCUGUGUGUGAGUGUUUGUUAAAGAAAGAAGGGGAAGAUUUUCCCCCAGGUGAAGGGUCUUGCAAAGACUGUCAAAGCGAACGCACUGCUAAGCUCCUGUUGAUGUGAAGGACAUGAUGAAUGCUUCUCAAUAGCAUUGAAACUCUGCAUUACUCUGAUCCUCCCCAAGUGCACAAGGCUUACCGCAGCACCACAGAGACCCUGCGUAAGGCUCUCAUAAAGACUCUUAAUGACUGAUACGUCUCUAAAGUCUCUAUACACCGCCUACUACAAACACUGCAGAGACAUGCUGCAUUGGCACUGCAUGUCCACAAGUUGGCACUGUUUCACCAAGAAUAGAGUGAGAGUGUUGACCGCUGUCUCCGUGUUUCCUCCACCAACCAUGGGUGACUUAUUUACUGAUUUUGUUUCAGUAGUAACAGCAGAAUCAACAAUAGCACCACACUAAAUGUUAGUUAAAGAAUUGGCAGAUACAAUAGACUGUUGAUUUUUUUUUUUUUUUAAAGAAUUUUAUUCUACGUUCAAAUGUGCUUUCAAUGAGUUAUCUGGGCCACUAGCCAUUGUAAUUGGUUAUUCAAACUUGAUCAUGCUGAAAAUGGAUUUAAAUCAUGUUCAGAAAAAAAAUGAGGAAAGUCUUUCUCUGCUUGUUUCAUUGUCAUUUGUUAAUUUUAUUCACAUUAAUUUUUCUUUCCUCUUACACAGUAUUGUUUCUUCGUAGGCACUGCAGUGCUUAAUUGUUAAUAUAAUUAAUUUAGAGAAGGACCAAAAUUGUAUGAUAUGUCAUAUGAUGUACAAAUUAACCUAGAUGUUCAUAGGAAGAGUGGUAUGUGCCAAAUAACCCAUAGAAAAUGUUUUGUUCUCUGACAAUCAUUUCAUUUCCAAGGGGCUUGCAUUUGCUGUCAUAGUUUCUUUGUUUUUUCUUUCGUACUAAGCGCUUAUAUAUUUGAUUUCAGAAGUGUGUGUUUGUAUUUAUUUUUGGUUGUUUUGUCAUGGUAGGGGGAGUGAAAAUGAAGAAGUCAUUUUAUCCCUCGUUUCUUGUUGCUGAAGGAAUGGUAAACUAUCAGAACAUGAGGGAGAUUCAGAAUCUCUGGUUUUGAUGGGUUAGUGUGCCAAAAUGAGAAAAAAAUACAAAAUCAAAACAAAAACAAAAUAAAACA